UCGGCUGGGGUUUAUUUCAGAGCUAUAGUUCUACUUCAAGCACUAAAAACAUUAAGCAUGAUGGCAAUUUUGAAUCCCGGUUCGAUGGGCAAGAUGAUUUGCGUUGCUCUUCUAUUCCUCCAUCUAAUGGCUCCAACUAUGGCUCUGGCUAGUGACUUACUAGCAACCUUAACUAGUGUGGAUGGUACUGCGUUGGGUGUCGUUGAAAAAUUGGUUGAUGGUUUGGCAGUAACCCUAGUCACAGAUUUGGUGGCACUUUUAGAGCCCAUUUUGGAAAAAAUUCUUGGAAUAGUUACCUCGAUUUUGGGUGUGGUUCCGGAAGUCCUAACAGUCCUAACAGAUGUCCUACCAGUCCUAAAAGAACUCCUAGCAGUCCUAAAAGAAGUCCUACUAUUCCUAACAAAAAUCCUACCAGUCCUAACAAAAACCCUACCAGUCCUAACAAAAAUCCUACCAGGCCUCAAUAUUUAG